AAUCAGAUGUUAGGAAAUGUUUAUUUUGAAUGCUAGGCAGUAGGUGGAAGCAUAAAAUAUGCGGGUUGUGGUGGCAGUUGUGGUGAGUGUUUUAGCUGCAGCAACUGUGGCACAAGCACAACCGGAGGCGGCCGGCAACUCUGGUCACAGUUCGAAUCAACUUCAAGCUCCCCCGGGCGGGCCCAACAUCUGUGGGUCUCGGUCCCGCAGUUUCUGCUGCCCAGGCUGGUCGCAGAAACACGACAAUAGACUUUGUAUUAUCCCUGUGUGUUUGCGGGAUUGCGGGCUGGCGGGCCGUUGCGUGAGGCCAAACUUGUGCAUCUGUCAGGGCGGGUUCAUCGCGCCCACAUGUGUGGGCAGCGGAGGACGCGGCCCGAGCAACUUUAAUGGAGGCUCUUUUGGGGGAGGCAUUGGUGGUAACGGAGCGGGUGGUGGCGGGACAACGGGUUCUGUUGGUGGUGGGGGAUUAGGAUUUAACGGAGGUGGUGUCGGAGGUGGCGGGAUUGGUGGUGGUAUAGGUGGCGGGAUUGGAGGUGGGGGCGCCGGGAUUGGAGGUGGUGGUAGCGGGAUUGGAGGAGGUGGUGGAGGCAGUUUUGGCGGUGGAGGAAGUUUUGGUGGCGGCGGGGGAAGUUUUGGUGGCGGAGGAGACCUGAACGGGGGUGGAGGAGGAUCAGGUCUAGGCCCUAAUUUAGAAAAUGGUUUUGGAGGCGGUGGCGGUGGUAGUUUUGGAGGCGGUGGUGGUUUUGGGGGUGGUGGUGGAACCACCAAUGGCGGAUCAUCAGGUGGCUUCGUUGGCGGUGGCAACGGAAACAUCGGCGGCGGAUCGUCGGGAAGCUUCACUGGUGGCCCCGAUGUACCAUUGUGCAGGGAACCUUGUCUCAACGGCGGCCGGUGCGUGGGACGUGACCGCUGCACUUGCGUCUACGGCUUCACCGGCCGUCGCUGCGAGGCGGACUACAGGACCGGCCCUUGCUUCACUAAGGUGACGCACGGCAUGUGUCAGGGAGAGCUGCAGGGUGUUGCGUGCACGCGCCAGCUCUGCUGUGCAACUAUAGGCAAGGCAUGGGGACAUCCUUGUGAACACUGCCCUGAGAGACUCAACUGCCAGCCUGGAUACCUUAAAAAUAUCCACAGCCAACAAUGUGUCGAUAUUGACGAAUGCGAGGCAAUACCUGGUCUGUGCGAGGGAGGCUCGUGCUCUAACACUGAGGGCUCGUUCACUUGCAUCUGUCCUGAGGGACAAGCAAGGAACCCUGAAACUAACGCGUGUGAAGAUCGUGACGAAUGUCUCGAUGAGAACGUCUGCGAGAACGGACGAUGUGUGAACACGAAUGGAGGCUUCUACUGCAGCUGCAGCAGAGGAUUUAUCCCUAGUCCCGACCGCAAGAGGUGCAUUGACGCGCGGCAGGGCAAUUGCUACACUGAGAUCAGGACGGGUGGACGCUGCCAGCGACCGCUGCCCGUCACGCUCACGAAGCAGGCAUGCUGCUGCGGCAAGAACAUGGGCAAGGCCUGGGGCACCAGGGCUUCUGAUUGCUCCCCCUGCCCGAUGAUUGGCGAGGAGGAGCACCAGCGGCUGUGUCUGAUAGGGGGUGUCAGCAUGCCUCCUGUGGACGAGUGCACCCUGAAGCCUGACUUGUGUGGGGACGGCGUCUGUAGGGACACCGACGACGGCUACUACUGCGAGUGCUUUACAGGCUUCACUAAUAACGGCGGCACCGAUAAAUGUUACGACGUGAACGAGUGUCUUCAAGGCAAGUGCGCUGGCGGCCGCUGCAUCAACACGCGUGGAAGUUUCACGUGCGUCUGUCCCACUGGUUUCGAUAUCUCCUCCGACGGACAGAGCUGCAUCGAUCACGACGAGUGCUCUGAGACCGGCAUGUGCAACAACGGCGUGUGCACCAACAUGGACGGUUCCUUCAAGUGUGUGUGCAGCCCAGGAUACGUCCUGUCAUCAUCGGGUUUUGCCUGCAUAGACAUCAACGAGUGCGCCGAUAACCCUCGCAUUUGUCUGGCGGGCUACUGCGAGAACUUGGACGGGAGCUACCGCUGCCUCUGCGACAACGGCUACACGCAUGCUACCGACGGCUCCUUCUGCACAGACACGGACGAGUGUGCAGAGACCGGCAUGUGCGAACACGGUCAAUGUGUCAACAUGGACGGAUCAUUUAAAUGUGUAUGUCAACCCGGCUACGAGCUGGCACCCAGCGGCAAGACUUGUAUUGACCGGGACGAGUGUCAGACGCAGCCGUGCCGCAACGGACGCUGCACCAACACACCCGGCAGCUUCCGCUGCGACUGCCCUCCGGGCUUCAGUCUCGGCGCUGACGGUUCCUCAUGUCUUGAUACCAAGUUGGAUUACUGCUACGCUGUGUUCCGUGACGGCCAGUGUUCGAACCCCUCUACGACGCCCACGACAAAAAGCGCGUGCUGCUGCUGCUCGGUGAUCGUGGGGCAGCCCAUGGGCUGGGGCACACCGUGCCAGGCGUGCCCUCAGUCUGGCAGCACAGAGUUUGCCAACCUCUGCCCGCACGGACCUGGCAUAACCCACGAAGGCGAUGACAUCAACGAGUGCGCCCAGAACCCUGCCAUCUGCCACAACGGCGCGUGCGAGAACCUGAAGGGCGGCUACCGCUGCAUCUGCAACCCCGGCUACAUCGUGGACAGCACCGGCCGCCUCUGCCAGGACAUCAACGAGUGUGCCAUCAACAACCUGCUCUGUGAUGGUGGACAGUGUCGCAACACGCCCGGCAGCUUCCAGUGCAUCUGUCCGUCCGGGACGCAGCUAAACCAAGGCUCGCACAUCUGCGAGGAUGUGGACGAGUGUGUCGAGCUGGGGCCCGACGUGUGCGUGGGCGGCACUUGUGUUAACGUCAUCGGCUCGUAUCGCUGCGAGUGCGACGAGGGCACGAUACUCGACUCGACUGGCAGAUUCUGCAUUGACAAUCGCCGAGGCUCUUGCUGGUCUAAAGUCGUCAACGGUCGCUGCGAGAACAACAUCCCCAGACUGACCCUCAAGUCGGAGUGCUGCUGCACCAUCGGCAAGGCCUGGGGCUCCCCCUGCGAGAUCUGCAACCCUGGCGACUGUCCCUGUCCUAUUGGCUACGCAAAGAUAGACGGUAAAACUUGUCUGGAUGUGGACGAGUGCGUGCUCAACCCCAGCAUAUGCAAGGGAGGCGGACAGUGCGUUAACACAGACGGUUCCUUCACAUGCUCGUGUCCUCCCGGUCUCACUAUCGACGACACCAAAACUAAAUGUUUGGAUGUCCGCGAAGAGACUUGUUACCUCACCUACAAGACGGGCAUCUGUUCCAAGCCUCUUGAGGGUAAGUAUCACAAGUCAACUUGCUGCUGCACAAUCGGCCGUGCCUGGGGCGCCGAUUGUGAUGCCUGUCCUCGGCCUGGCAGUGAGGCGUUCGAAGAUUUGUGUCCUAAGAGUUACGGUUACGACGGCCGUAAAGACAUCAACGAGUGCACGACCGUACCUGACUUGUGCAACAACGGCCGGUGCAGGAACUCUGUUGGAUCGUACUCAUGUCGCUGCAAUCAGGGCUACGCACUUGAUGAGGAUGGCGUCCAAUGUCUCGACAUCGACGAAUGCAGCAUCAUGCACGGCGUGUGCGGCAACGGCACCUGCCAGAACGUCGCAGGCUCGUUUGGCUGUGACUGCAACGUAGGAUUCGAGUCCACAAUGAUGAUGCAAGUAUGCAUGGAUAUCGAUGAAUGCGAGAGAAUCCCCGGGCUGUGCAGAGGCGGUCGCUGCAUCAAUACGCCUGGCAGUUUCAGAUGCGAGUGCCCUCCAGGCCACGAGCUCUCGCCCAACCAACGCUCGUGCAAAGACACGGACGAGUGCUCCGUAGACUCCGGCAUUUGCUCCAACGGCGUGUGUGAGAACAUGAUGGGCACCUACCAGUGUAUGUGCAACGACGGCUACCAGCAGACGGGACAGAAAUCUCACUGUGAAGACAUGGAUGAAUGUUCCAUGAACAAUGGCGGUUGUGACGACGUUUGUGUGAACACCCCGGGCAGCUUCUCUUGCUCCUGCUCCGCUGGCUACAUGCUUCUCAUGGACGGACGCUCUUGCUCCGAUGUCGACGAAUGUAAAGAAAAUCCUUCAAUUUGCAACGGCGGCAAGUGCCAGAACGUGCCCGGCAGCUUCCGCUGUCAGUGCGAGGGCGGCCUGCUGCCUGACCCUGCGUCCACGGGCUGCGUCGACGUGAACGAGUGCGACAUGAACAGCAACUUGUGUCAGAACGGCCGUUGCGACAACACUGUUGGUUCGUUCACGUGCCGCUGUGAACCGGGAUACAGCGUCAAAGAGAACCAGGGUCCAGGGUGCACUGACGACGACGAGUGCGCCCUCAACAUCUACAACUGCGAUAAGAAUGCGCGAUGUGUUAACAUCGACGGCACGUAUGAGUGCCGCUGCAACGAAGGCUUCACAGGCAGCGGGAAAAAUUGCCGUGAUGUGAACGAGUGUCUGUCGAACAACGGCGGCUGCGACCAGGACGCGCAGUGCGUCAAUACCGACGGCUCCUUCAAGUGCAUCUGCGACGCAGGCUUCAGGGGCGACGGGUAUUUCUGCGAGGACAUCGACGAGUGUUCGCAGGACCCAACUCUCUGCGAGAACGGCCAAUGCCUCAACUUCCCUGGUUCUUUCCAGUGCGACUGCGAGAUGGGCUUCAUGCAUCCCGACAUUCACAACGAGCAGACCUGCGUUGACAUAGACGAAUGUGAUAUGUUCAACAACUUGUGUGUCUUUGGUCAAUGUGAGAACGUCUUUGGAAUGUUCAGAUGCAUUUGCGAUAAAGGUUACCAUCUCGAUGACACUGGUGGCAAUUGCACUGACAUUGACGAAUGCAACAAGCCUGACGUGUGUCAGUUCGGCACGUGCGUCAACCAGCAGGGCACCCACGUCUGCGAGUGUCCUCCUAACUACGAGCUUAUCGACUCAGGCGACGGCUGCGUCGACAGGAGGAGAGGAGAAUGUUACCUGGACGUGUUGGGUCUGCAAGGCAGUCGUGGCGUGUGCAGAGAGGCCCUCGGUGAGCCCGUCACUCAGUCCACCUGCUGCUGCUCUAUAGGCAAGGCCUGGGGCCCGCUCUGUGAGCAGUGCCCGCCUAGAGAAUCAGAAGCCUUCCGGCAGCUCUGUCCUGGGGGGCCUGGCUUCCGUCCCAACACUCUAACGGUUAUCCUGGAAGACAUCGACGAGUGUGUGGAGAUGGAAAACCUAUGCGAAAACGGCCGCUGUUCUAACACAUUUGGUUCCUUCAUCUGCUCGUGCAACAUUGGCUACCGCAUCGACGCGUCAGGCUCGAUCUGUAACGACAUCAACGAGUGCGCGGACGGUAACCGCUGCAAGAACGGUCUGUGCAUCAACUCCAUCGGGAGCUACCGGUGCCAGUGCCCUGAGGGCUUCAUGCUCCUUGCCAGUCGUGCCGAGUGCAUCGACACGCGCGAGGGUCCUUGCUACAUGACGUACGAGGACGGCGUUUGCUCCAUGGCCAUGAGGACGGACAUCACGCGCUUCAAAUGCUGCUGCUCCAUGGGAGCGGCCUGGGGUGCUGCCUGUGAGGCGUGCCCACAAAAGAAUUCUCGGGAAUAUUACGAGCUUUGCCGUUCUGGAGUGAACGGCGGUGCUGGAGGUCCAGACCGCUACCCUCUCAACCCUGAUGGCUGGCCGAUUGGACCUGAUGGAAGACCUCUGCCCGUGGGGCCGGAUGGUUUGCCAAUAGGACCCGACGGCAGACCAGUGGGACCAGAUGGCAGACCUCUGGGUCCUGGAGGAAUUCCACUGGGACCUGGAGGAGUACCGCUCGCUCCAGAUGGUCGGCCUUACCCCAUCGGCCCUGAUGGUCGUCCCAUAGGUCCCGAUGGCAGACCUUUACCCAUUGGUCCUGAUGGUAGACCAAUACUUCCCCCUGGUCAUGUAGGCCCAGGAUCCUCUUAUGGACCUGGUCUGCCCGCAUACAUUCCAUCUAAUGGCACGGACACUGACUUAGGAUCCAGUCUUCUCAUAGAUCCUGUGACAGGCCAGCCCAUUGAAAUAGACGAAUGCGAGUUGAUGGGACACAUGAUGUGCAAGAACGGGCGAUGCAUCAAUACGAUGGGCUCAUUCAAAUGUGAAUGUAACCGAGGAUUCCGAUAUGAUGAUCCUACGCACAUGUGUGUUGAUAUCAAUGAAUGUGCCGAGCUCAACCCUUGUAACGGAAUCGCCAAUUGCGACAACACAAUUGGCAGCUACAGCUGCUCCUGUCCUAUUGGCUACCAGCUCAACAGACUUACCAACGACUGCAUAGAUAUUGACGAAUGCCAGAGACCAGGCGUGUGCCAACACGGCGUUUGCAACAAUUUCCAGGGCUCGUUCCAGUGCAUCUGCGACACAGGUUUUGUGCUCACGGCUGACCAUUACUCCUGCAUCGACGUGGACGAGUGUCAGCGCUCGCCUACGAUCUGCAAUAACGGGACCUGCAUCAACACGAUGGGUUCCUUCAAGUGCGAGUGCUUCAAGGGCUUCAAGAUCGGCUCCAACGGCGAAUGUGUCGACAUCAACGAGUGCCAAAUCAUGCUGGAGCUGUGCCGCAACGGCCGCUGUCGCAACAGAGAAGGUUCCUUCACAUGCGAGUGUGCUGAGGGCUACACGGUCACCUCUGACGGCGAGAGCUGCAGGGAUGUCAACGAGUGCAGCGAGGAUUCUAGCACCUGUCCGCCUCCCGGGCGCUGUCAGAACCUCAUGGGUUCUUACAUCUGCGACUGUCCUGAUGGUUUCCAGCUUUCACCUAAUGGAAAAUUCUGUACAGACAUCAACGAGUGCGAGACCGUAGAGGGCAUCUGUGAGAACGGCCGCUGUGCCAACAAUGAGGGAGGCUUCAGCUGCGACUGCCCGCCAGGCUUUGAGAUCAGCGGCGAGGGCAUCAAAUGCGAGGACAAGAGACAAGAAGUUUGCUUCCAGCGCUUUGUUAGAGGUCGCUGUCUCGAGCCUCGUCCUGUGAACAUCCUGAGGAAGCAGUGCUGCUGCUCGGGCGGCGCUGCCUGGGGCCGAGCCUGCCAGAUAUGUCCACAAGUUGGCUCCCCUGAGUUCAACCGGCUAUGUCCAUCCGGUCCGGGUCGAGGAGAGUCCGGCACAGACCUGAACGAGUGCGUGAUCAUGCCGGGCGCGUGCCAGGGUGGAGAGUGCGUCAACACGGACGGCUCCUUCAGAUGCGAGUGUGCUGACGGUUACGUGCUGGACGUGACUGGCCGGCGCUGCGUGGAUGACAACGAAUGCGCUAGAAGCAACAUCUGCGGCAACGGAACUUGCACGAAUGUGGAGGGCGGCUUUGAGUGCAACUGCCAAGACGGUUACGCACCCGGAGCCAUGCAGACCUGCGAGGACGUUGACGAGUGUAAGGAAGUGGCUCAUCAGUGCGCCUUCAGGUGCCACAAUGUGGACGGCAGCUUCCGCUGCAUCUGCCCUUACGGCUACACGCUGGGAGCUGAUGGCCGACACUGUCAGGAUGUGGACGAGUGUCUCACGCCUGCCAAUAACUGCAAGUUCCAGUGCAAGAAUCUCAUCGGGAGCUUCAUGUGUAUCUGUCCUGAAGGUUAUCAGCAGAUCGGCAUGACGGACAACUGCCAAGAUGUGAACGAGUGCGCCAUUAACCCAAAUAUCUGCAAGAAUGGUCAUUGUCAGAACACACGAGGCUCGUAUCAGUGCGAGUGUCAUGAAGGCUUCGCUCCCAGCCAAGACGGCAAACAAUGUCUUGAUAAGAGAAAAGGUUACUGCUUCAGGCAGCUCGGAGGAGGAACCUGCUCGUCUAACACACACGACCUCGUUCAGGUCACCAAAGCGGACUGCUGUUGCACGAUGGGUCUGGCUUGGGGUCCGCAGUGUGAACGCUGCCCGCGCAAGAAUACGCCUGAAUACGAUGAAAUCUGCCUCGAGGCUGGUUUCUCUUCCAAUGGAUUGGACAUCGACGAGUGUGAGAUGAUGCCAAACUUGUGCAGAAAUGGCCGUUGCAUCAACACCAUGGGUUCGUACCGCUGUAUAUGCGACAAAGGGUACAAGCCUGACCACUCCGGUACGCGUUGCUUGGACGUGAACGAGUGCGAGGCCGCCAAUUCGCCAUGUCGCUUCACCUGCCAGAACACUGAAGGAUCUUUCAGAUGCUCGUGUCCUCGAGGCUACACGCUCAACCCUGACAACAUUACGUGCCGAGACCUGGACGAGUGUCAGACUGGACAACAUGCUUGUCAGGAUCAGUGCGUUAACACUCAAGGGUCGUACAAGUGUACAUGCGAUGUCGGAUACACUGAAGUCGCAGAGAAGUGCAUCGAUGUUAAUGAGUGUUCGGAGCAGCGUGGUUUGUGUGCACCAGUGGGCACCUGCAUCAACACCAUCGGCAGCUUCAAGUGCUUGUGUCCCAGAGGAUUCCAGCCUGACAAAACAGGCACGACUUGCGUCGACGCUGAUGAAUGCCUCACCGAUGAUUCCUGUGACAUUGGAUGCGAGAACCUGGACGGUGGUUAUCGCUGCGGUUGCCCUGAUGGAUACAAGCAACACUCGUUCUACAACCAGUGCGUGGAUGAGAACGAAUGUGCCAUCAGUCCGUGCGGCUCGGCUGACUGUGAGAAUGUCUUGGGAUCUUUUAAAUGCGUUUGCCCCAACGGAUAUUCAUUCAAUAUGAAUCUUGCUGUAUGCAUUCAAGUUGGGGGCAAUUGUGCCGCGAGUCCGUGCACGUUCGGCUGCAACUCCCUGGGUGACGACACCAUUGCGUGUGGGUGUCCUGCAGGCUUCAACAGGAUUGGUUCCGGACACUGCAUGUCAACGCUCAAUCCGCCCGUCACAAACGGACUUGGCAACCGUGGUUUCGGUGGUUUUGGUGACGCACUUGCUGGUGGUCGAGGAGGCAUCGGUGGUGGAAUUGGUGGCGUUGGUGUAGGUUAUGGUGGUGUCGGUGGAGCACCUGGCCAGGGUGGAGUUGGAGAUUCUGGUGCAGGCUUUUCUGGAGGCUUUGGGACUGGUCAUGGCAGGGAGUACGGUGGAGUAAACAGUGGUUAUGGAGGCGGUGGAAGAUUCGUGACAGGUGGAGGCUACGGAUAUAAUGGAGUGGACGGAGGAUACGGAGGCCCUAAUGGAGGUUCUAUUAACGGUGGAGGGCGAUAUGGUGGAGGGGAUUACGGUGGGGGAGGCCGUGGACCUGGAGGUGGAGGCUCAUUUGAUCUCGGAGGAGGUGUGACUGCGUAUCCUAUCGGACAAGACCCUAAUACCUAUAACGAGAACAUCAUCUCGACGGAAGGAUGCUUCACUUGCAAGUUUAACGGUCAGAACGCGCGCACGAAGCGGUCGCUGGACUCGAUGAUGCAUCAUUUGGUUGCCAGUCGCGUCCUGCGGCCUCAGAUCCUCGAGCCUGCGCACCUCAACGCCAGCGACAGCGACGUCGUGCUGGUCCAUGCGGGCAACCACACGCACAGGAUAACAAAGAGAAGCUUGGAGGAGGAACUUCAGCAUCAGGAGCUUAUGGCCAAGAAGAGAGCUCAGGAGCCCUUGGUGCUCGUCGUCAACCUGAAGAAUACUUUACACAGGACGCGCCUGCUCAAGUUGCGUCCUGCCAUAUCUUUCCUGCAGGAUAACGUGAAGUAUGACAUCGUGAAGGGCAACGAAGAGAAGGUAUUCGCGACGAGCCAAGACAAAGGCGUUACGUCGCUCUACUUCCAGCGACGGCUGGCAAAGGCGGGGGCCUUUGACCUCGAGAUCGUGGGCCGCCCUCUGGACUACUCUAAACUGGACGUACUUCCCAAAGACAUCGACGAACUCAAUAUCUACCUUCGCAUCAUUGUCUUACCUUAGUACUUAAGACAAGCCCGCUUGAUGCUCACAAUAAGCUUCGGACGAAAAUCGUACUUAUUUUGUUGUAUAUAUACGACAUUUUUUCCCCAGUUCAGAAAUUUCACAACGCAAUAUGGCAUAUAUGAAGGAAUUUUGGUGCAUGCACUCAAUGGAACGUCGAUGCGCACUUUUGGCUGAUGCGGCAGAGAUGUUGAGUGACCGGGGCCUUGAAAUAGCGACAUCUAUGACGUAACCAGGGCUUUUUGGCUCAUGAACUAUACUCAUGAGUAUAUUUAAAGAGGAUGGAAGGAUAAUUUAAACCAUAUUUCAACACGUCGCGUAAUUAUAGGCAACUUGUCAGGAGGUAAACUGGCUAGACCAGUAUUAAGUGAUGAAAUGUUUUGUUACUGUAGUUUAGCGAAUUUCAUCACUGGUUAACCGGAACUCAAAAAUCAAUUUUUGUACGAGCGAUUUAAGAGGCGUGAACGUCACAACUGCAGAAGCUCUCCUAACUCAAGCGUGUUGGACUUACUGUACGCAACAGCACAUUAAUCCCAACGUUGAAAUAUUGCGAGGAAUCUAUACUUCAAAGGGGAAAGUAGCAAUGCUAGUGAUUGUUACGAAAGGUAGUUCAUAUUUGUGCCACUCAAUGAACUGCAGGCUUUAAAGGGUCGAUUGUGUUAUGUGAGAUCGAAUUUUGUGAGUUAGGAUGUAUGGUUCAUUAAUCGGUUCUUCUGGUUCAGCAUUCAGUUUUCUAUCGUCAUCUUGUGUGCGUGUCGAGCGCUUGAAGUGCAGCUCCUGCUGUAUUGAUCUCAAGAAAGAUCUUCUCCUUCUUCGUUAAAUGAGAAGAGAAAGUGAAGAGAAUUUAACUUAAGUAGAUCACAUAGGUAUUAAAUGAUCCUUCCAUGAUGAUGACAUUCAUAACUGCCAAUGAAGAUACUCAUUCACUGUUAAAUGUUAGGGAUUUUCAAAGCGUGGAACAUUAAAUGGAUGAGAUGAAAGUCGACAUUUGUUCCUCCUGUUCACCAUAGCAUAAAGAUCCUGUGCAGAAACACGAACUUGUAAAAACGUACGAAUUUUUCAGGCGCCUACGUCGCUGCUAAGUAAAAUUUCGUGUAUUAGAUUCUAAGUUAGUAAUACGCGCUGGGAGGGUGAAAUAUUGCUAUAGAGAUACGAUGAAAGGUGGCCACUACGGAUGCACCAAACCUAACUUAAGAAGCAAAAAAAAAUUGUGCAGUGCUUGUUGGCUCGUUGAGUGCGUUAGCUAAUCAUACUACGUAGAGGGCGUGGGGAAAAGCGAAGCUUGUUUUUGGUAUAAAUGUAAAUCAAUUUUGAAGGUUGCGUAAGAUCUUCGUUUCUGUCCUCACAAGCAUUCCUUGCGUUCUAUUACCUUUUUUGUUAUCUCAGUUGUUAUAUAACUUCGGAAUGUGAAGCUACAAUAGAUGACUUUAAUGAUUACUAUAGGUAUGGUUUUCUUGUUCAGAAUUCACUUCUGAACAGAGAUACUCAGUUAACUAGACGUUUUCUUCAAUCUGAUAUCACGUUCCCGAAGGAUGUUUUUAAGUGUAACGCCUCCACCGCUGCAUUUCUCUGUUGCUUUGUUUGAACACUUUUGGAAAAAGUAGCAAAAGGAGUGAAAAUAACGUUUAAACUCAACGUAUUGCACUGUGGAUUUGCUUCACGAAGUGUUUAGGCUUAUAAAAUUAGUUAUGUCUUCUUUUGCAUACGUUUAAGAUUACUCAAGAUUCGCACAAAAUGAAAUGAAUUAAACUCCUUUGGAAAUGUGGGGCGUUCGACGCUGCUUUCUGGAGAAGCAACUGAAUGUUUUUAGUGAAUUGAUGAGAAAUUGUGUACGACGAGAACGACUUCAGAUUAAAUUUCAAAUUCAGAUUUCAGCUUCGUAUUUUUUACAAAAGCAACAGUUUAUAUUGUAACUAAAAUUCAUCUCAGUACAAUCUUCCUGCUUUGUUCAGGUUUAAUUGUAGACUCGAUACAUUGGUGCGUAGUUCUCAUUUCCACAAGUGUCAUUUUUAACGGAUAGAUGCAGAGCAGAACAAUUUAUCUUCAAUCUUACAACUAUUUUGGGUUCAUGGUUGUUCUCUUUAACGCGAGGAAAAAAUAAGUGUCAUUCAAGAUUAAAGUUUGUGUAAAUCUCCCAAUCUCCCUGUAAUUUUUCUUGACACGUUUCAACUUCAACUUAUUUUAACUUGCAUUAGGCGCUCUGAGAGAAGCAUUUUGUUCGGAGCAUAAACUGCGCUUCAUUGUACAUUUGCGUGGUCCUUUGGUCAGAUCUAUUCAUGUCAGCUCAAAGAAUAGUCCGGAAUAGUGAGACAAAAAGCCCUUAUUUCCAUCCUGUUUACAUCCGUUAAUUUUCAGAUGUUCUCAUAAGGAUUUCAAAAAUUAAUUUUUAUUGAAACUCAAUCGUUUUAUUUUGCUUGCCUCCAAGCAGAAUAUGAACUUUUCUUGGAAAAAUCAGACUUCCAGAAUUUUUUGUAAUUACCUUCAGUAAAUGAGAAAUUUAUGAUAAAGGGGAAUGAAAAACAGCUGCUCGUACAUAACGGUACUCAACCAGGCUCGUAAUUUCGUCGUAAUACUAACAACCAUUCGGGUUAUUUGGUAAAUUUUAGUUCAUGAACAGAAAUUAGGUUUUGGAUGAUCAUGUUUCUUAUAAUUAGCAUGUGUUCGUUCACCUAGCGAUUCAGAGCACGCAUUACGAAAUGUAAAUAGCUUCUUUGAGUAAAAGUUUAUGAUAUUU